AUGUUCGGGCAAAAAAUGUUGCUGCUUAAAAGACCUUUUCUCCCUGCGCGAGCUGCCCCCUUUUGCGCGCAACGGAAGGUGGGCAGGUUCAUUACGUACUAUACAAAGUCACACGAAUAUAUCAAAAUAAAUGAUGAACACUUGACUGAAUUGAAGAAGAAAAACAACGUAAAAUGCAAAAUAGGCAUUAGCAAUUAUGGAACAGAAAAAUUGGGGGAAAUCGUGUAUAUCGAUAUUUCGCAUAACAUAAAUGAGUACGUAAAGAAGGGGGACUGCAUCGCAACGGUUGAGAGCGUUAAAAGCGUGGGGGAUGUAUACACGCCCAUUAGUGGCCAAAUUGUCGACAUCAAUGACAAAAUAGUCGACAACGUAAAUUUAAUGAACGAAAAUUCGGAAACCGAUGGAUGGAUUUUGGAACUACUGACCAAUGAUGUGAAUGAAAAGGAAAUAAUGAGCUUCCCCGAAUAUAAGAAAAUGUGCGAAGAGGAAGAGCAAAGAGAAGCAUCCAAAAUACAGCAGAGUGAACGGGACUGUCUAGAGGAAAAAAACAAAAAUAAAAUUUUCGAUUUGAACGACAUUAAGAACAUUGAAGAGAAGCGGAAAAAAUAA